UACCACUGCAGCUCUGGACUGAAGCAGCUAUUGACGGAAACAAGAGGCAUCAUGAAUUCAACUCCACUGACAGGGACAGAAUAUCCUAACUACAAGAACCACACCACAAGUCAGACUACGGAUUUGUCAUCUUGCGACACGGCAUGUAUUUUCUAUGCAGUAGCAAAUGUGAUUGUCAUCAUCCUGGGUGUUGCUGGAAAUGGUUUGGUGAUCUGGAUUGCAGGAUUUAAGGUGAAGAAGUCAGUUGUCACCACCUGGUACCUGAGCCUGGCACUGUCUGACUUCAUAUUCUGCUCCUUCCUGCCAUUCAGUGUUGUUUAUAUGGUCAAAGGCGAGUGGAUCUUUGGGCGCUUCAUGUGCAAGUUCACUUCCUUCAUCAUGUGGCUCAACAUGUUCAGCAGCAUCUUCCUCCUCGUCAUCAUCAGUGUGGACCGUUGUGUGACCGUUAUGUUUCCUGUGUGGGCUCAGAACAAGCGUACUAUAAGGAAGGCCUUUGUGAUAGUCAUGCUAGCUUGGAUCACUGCAGCAGCAUUUAGUACACCAUCACCUGUUGUGCGAGACAUCCACCUUGAGCAAAAGACAGUUUGUAGGUAUAAGUACGAAAGUAUGAAAACCUAUACAGCUGAUGUAGUGUGCCGAUUCAUUUUUGGAUUUGUGAUCCCCUUCCUGGUCAUUAUCAUCUGUUAUGUUGUCAUCAUUCGAAAGCUGAAGUCCAACCAUAUGGCGAAGUCUAAAAAGCCCUUAAAGAUCAUGACGGUGCUGAUCAUUACUUUCUUGAUCUGCUGGUUGCCAUAUCACAUUGUAGCUUUGAUGUUUUUAUUCAUGCCGUUGAAUCGUUCAUUGCCCACGGCAUUUGUAUUUUGUGUCUUUCUUUCCAAUGUGAACAGCUGUCUGAACCCAUUUCUUUAUGCAUUCUUGGGGAGGGAUUUUAAGAAGCAAUGUAAUGCGCUGCUGUCAAAGAUUGAGAAUGCAGUCAAGGAAGAUGGCCUGUACACCAUUCAAGGGACAGUUACUACCACCUCUGGGGAAAGCAGACAUUCAACUAGUGUUUAAAGUUUUCACUGAGUAUGAGACCCUUUAACUGCUAAUUGUACACCAAAAUAUAUUCACUUCAGUUAAUUCUUUGAUUCUUGAAGAAGUGCCUCAUUAAAAAACUUUUAUCUUGCAAAAGGGAAUGGCAAAAACAUAUACUGAACUUUGGUAUUUGGAACCGUAAUGUUCCACAGCCACAACAAUACUUAACCAUUACUUGUGUAACAUAGCCCUAUGA